GUUUUUCGUUUUCGUUUUCCAGUCGAAGCCAGAUACGUCAUGCCCUUUUUCCCAACAUAAAGCUACAACCUGAGGUCCCGUCUAAAGCGAUUCAAUUUUAGUUCAGGUGACAGGUGGACGUGGUGGAUAAGACAGCAGAGAUACUGACUGGUCGAAAUCGUAGGGCAAUUCCGAAGAAUAUCUUGAAGAAUCUCAUGGGGCAAUUCAAGCUCACGAUGUGCUGGCAUUUGCGGUUCUAACUUCUACUUGCCUAUCUUUAUUCCCGUGACGAGUUUCCGGUUACGCUACAGUUUCCGUUUUGCCGAGUGAGCUUUGGAACAGGUACUGAUCAGAUCAAGGCGAUCAGAUCAUUUGCGAGGACCGAAACGGCUUAUCUCAUUUUCCCUUUUUGUAUGAUGCUUCGUGGUCUUUGUGCAUUGUUUUUGCCUUCGCUCCUGCUUCUAUCUCGCGACAGUCUCCGGUCAGCUUUCGACGCCCGUCGUCUCGUCGAAGCGUCGGCGGUGUGGAAUUCGACACCGCUAGUCGUCGAGGUAUCUGGUGUCAGUUCACGGCCAAACGAGACCGAGAGAACAGCGGCGGAGAAAGACGCACAGCAGUGGCAGGCGUCAGUCGGUCGGGUCGGUGUAUGGACGAGUCAUCGACAGGCCACUGACUGGACGGGAACCACAGUCAGCGCGUCAGCAGCGAAACCGCAGCAGAACCACGAGCAAGACAACGAGUACGACACGGUGCUGAUUUCCAUCAUCCUGGGACUGACCCCGUCAGCCUGGGCAUUCUUUCCGUUCUUUGGAGGAUUCGGAGGAUUUGGAUAUGGAGGCCUCGUAAGCCAUAGCCCCGUGGUGCAGCCCAUCAUCAUCAAGCCACCGGAACCGGAGCCGCCGCCAGAACCGAAGGUCGAGGUGCACGUGCACGGCGCUCCGCACGAGCCGCCGCCGCCGGAGCCGCCGUCACACCCGCCGCCGCCCAUCAUCAUCGUGGCGAGCGGAGGCGGCGGUCCUCCGCCUCCGGAGCCCCCUCCUCCGCCUCCGCCCAUCAUCGUACUGCCAAUCGGAGGAGGUGGGGGAGGACCCCCGCCGCCACCACCGCCACCGCCCGGCGGACCUCCCAUUGUGGUUCUGCCCGUCGGAGGCGGCGGAGGAGGCGGGCCGCCGCCGCCACCACACGGCGGUGGAGGGCCCCCGCCGCCGCAGAUUCUGGUGCUGCCGAUGCCGGGUGGUGGCGGCGGUCCACCUCCGGGCCCGCCCCCGCCCCCGCCCGUUAUCGCUUACGGCUAAGGGAUGUGGUGGUCGGCUUGGGCAGUGGUCUCGUGGCUUCUCCGCUGCGUGUUUAUGUACUCCUUUACUACGCUGCGUGCGAUGUUUUCAGUCAUUGACGUUCUUAGUGCCAUCGCAUACGUUGAUCGCUAAGUCAUGCGUUUGAAAAGUCAAUGCAAUGCAUCGUGUGAACUGUUAUUGCACCCUCUUAGGUCACGUUUCUCGCUCAUGUCGGUUGAAAUGGUUUGUUGAGCUGAAAAUGGGAUUAAACUAGUUGUUGCAUCUGUUUUGAAUACAAGUG